UCCUGGAUUCCCUCCGCUCCGGCUAUAACAAAAGCUAUGAUUCAGCCAGCACAAUGCCCCACAGAUGCAGCCGCCGGGCCUGCCCUGUGCUGGCCGUGAGCCUGCUGUGAAAUGCGUCUGAUCUCCCGUGUCCCUGGCUGCGGCGUCCAUAGAGCAAUGGUGGGCAGACGAUGCUGUGAGCACAUGCAUCUAUUGCAGUGAGAUCUCCCAUCCUUCCCGGCAGCCGACAUCAUCAUCAUCAUCAUCCUCCCUUCGGACGGAAUCAUGGAUUUCAGCAAUUCCUCCGUAUUCGAUCAACAUAAAGAAUCAGCUGGGGUUUCCGCAGCUUUGUAACAGUUCUGAAUGUUAAAUCCAUAAUCAUGAGAAUCUGAUAAAUGGGAUACCCAUCAAUGCAGAACAAGGAAGAUUUGCCAUUCAGGACACAGGUGACUCAUCAGAAGAGAUUGACUUGUCUGUGGUCUAUCAAGCGUCAGCUAAUGGCGAUGUCAAUACAUUGACGGCAAUCAUCCGCGAAGACCCUUCAAUCCUAGAAUACUGCGAUAAUGAAGGUUGCACUCCUUUGAUGCACGCUGUGUCCGGACGCCAGGUUGAUACUGUGAAGCUGCUGCUGAAAAUGGGAGCGAAUAUCAAUACACAAGACGCCUGUGGGAGAACAAGCCUGUCCUUAGCAACGUAUCUGGGGUGGCUGGAGGGCUGCAUGAGUUUGCUCAGGAACGGAGCCAAGCAGAACAUCCCUGAUAAAAAUGGCAGACUUCCUCUACAUGCCGCCACUGCGGAGGCCGAUGUCAGACUUUUAUCAGUUCUCCUCCAGCAGUCGACUCUGAGUGAGAUUAACCACCAGGACAACGAGGGGAUGACGUCACUGCACUGGGCAGCAUUUCACAACCGGCAACAACAUGUGCAGAACUUGCUGCAAAAAGGAGCCGAUCCGACGUUGGUGGACAAAGAUUUUAAAACAGCUCUUCACUGGGCGGUCCAGAGUGGAAACAGAGUUCUGUGCUCUAUAAUCCUGGAUCAUGAGCAGGGGCAAUCCACCAUCAACUAUGAUGAUGAAAAUGGGAAGACAUGCAUGCACAUAGCCGCUGCUGCAGGAUACAGUGACAUCAUCUGCGAGCUGGCCAGAGUAGCAGAAUGCAAUCUGCAGGCCCUCGAUGUGGAUGACAGAACUCCGCUGCAUUGGGCUGCAGCCGCCGGAAAAGCAGAUUGUGUGCAGAUGCUGCUGAAAUUAGGAGUAGAUAUGAACCCCAGGGACAUCAAUGAAAAUACGCCCCUGACCUAUGCCAUGUACUGCGGGCACACCGCUUGCAUCAAGCUGCUUUCUCAGGAAAACAGCUGUCAUAAAGUGCACACACCCUGCUCCACUGUGUAUACAGACACUAGACCAGUAGAGGUUGCUGGGAGAUGUGAACUUAGUAGCCAGCAGAAUUAUAAAGACAGCUCUGGAAGGAUCGAGCUAAGAUUGCUACAAGAUAAUAGACCAGAUCCCUUCCAGCCAUUGACUUCACCAGGCACUAAAGCCAUGAGGAAAGAAGGACGUCUAACUGUGCUAAAUCAAAUCUUUUUGUGUAAGAAGAAGAGGGUGGACCAGAAAGCCCACCAGAAAGACAAACUCAGGUAUAAUGGAGAGGAGACCUCGGAGGUGGAUGAUAUCAUCACCACCUUUGACUGUAUCCUGGACACAAACUGCAAAGAUCCCCAAGACGAUCACGUGAGCUUGGUCAACUGCAAAAAAAGGACGGUGGAGUCACAGAAGUAUCUGCUGCCAGACAACAAGCAGAACUGCAAAGGUCUUCCACCCAUAAGAACGCAGAGUCUCCCUCCCAUCACUCUUGGAAACACUUUUUUAACAACUUCACAAAUGACGACGGAUAUCCCCCAGAGUAACCCAUUCCAUUUUGCACACAGAUCUCAGAAGAGCAAGAGUGAGCAUGACUUGUUCGACCACAGAAAUAGUGGUCAUGCUUUGCAAGACAAUCCCUGGAAUAUAGCUGCUAACCAAAUUCCCCCCCAUAAGGCAUGGACUUCACCUCAACCAGAGAAGUCCAAACAUUGUGUACUGUCCAAAAAGUCAAAUCAUAUUGAUGGCCUCUGUCCUCCUCACCUUCCUCAUAUGGACAAUGUACAUUCAGGUUAUGAUUCCGCACAUCUCUCCCAGGAAAAGCCAAGAGUUAAAGAACCGCGUCUGACGCGGAAUAGCUUGGCCCCUUUACCGGAUCACUGUGUUAAGAGAAUCCAGCUGCCAACUGGUCCAGUCUUUCAUGGCGUGAAGAAGUCAAUGUCUUUGCCUUCGAACUCGUUACGAACUGGAAACAGCUUAUCUCCAUUAAUCAUUUCCAAACCCCAGAGUCACUCUUUGUAUUCCUUCCUCCCCGUCCUGAGACGAGAACCCCUGAGGACAACACGUGUCCUCCCAGCCAUCCCAAGUCAGAGGGGGCAGAGCACAACAGAAAGCCUUAAGUCCUCCCCGAAUAAGUCUGACACCAGCGACUAGCCCCCCCCCCCCCCCAUCCAUGCGUACCAUGUCUGCCCCCUGUAGUCGGAUUUGUGAGAUAAGCGUUGUGUGAGUCAUUUGUAACCUGGAUGAGGACGGACGUGACUUUGGGUUUUUUUGCUAUUUUUUUAAAGGAUCAUUUUCUACGUUGUCUCUUUUGUGAUCUUCCAUGAGAAAUUGUUGGAGAGAUUUACAAGAAAUCGUUACGUUCUUUAUGUUCUUCACUGUUACCGUUUUC